GCCGCCCAGGUACCGCCGAAACGAGUCGAUCAGGGGGAGAGCGCAUAGCUAUCUCCUCAGUCGUCGGAUUGCACGGUUCACCCACAAAUGGCCGUUGCGUUGGUUGCCUCUGGGGGUGGGGGAGCUUUUGUCCAGGCUCCUCUCCUCCUCCAAGGCUGAUCCUUUCUUCCUCGCAAUCCCCAUCACUCUCACCACCACCGCAGCAGCCGGUGAGCAUCGCCAGCCAUGGCAUGGCAGCCAUGGGAAAAGUUCAAGGCCGACCAUCCCGCCGCCGCGGACCGCAUGGCUGAAUCAUGGGCCGCCGUCCGGCCAUAUCUGCCUCCGGUCAACUUCAUCACCAUGCAUUAUGCCUACUUCAUCCUGGUUGGGCUCAUCUUCGCCGCCAUCUUCUACGGGCUUUCACAGCCGGACCACAGCGUCAGCUUCGUCGACAGCCUUUUCCUCGUCUUGUCCGCCUUCACCACCUCCGGCCUCAACACGGUCGAUAUCAGUCGGCUCAGUACCGCCCAGCAGGUCAUUAUCGCCUUGAUGAUGGUCUUGGGCAGCCCCGUCUUCGUCUCCAUCUUCACCAUCUGGCUCCGCGCCCGCGUCUUUGAGAAGCGGUUCGAGGACAUUGUCGAGGCCGAGCGGAACAGGAGGAUCAAGACAACCGGCACCAUUGUUGGCAUGGCCGGCGCAAUGAUUGGCCUGCCCGUCAUGUCCUCCUUCAAAGGAUCAAAACGCAAGGCCAAGAAGAGCAGGCACGAGCGCAAGGCCGACGCAGACGCAUUCCAGCUAUCCGGUCUCCGUUCUCGCGAGAAGGCCCACGACCGGCCGCAGAGCCAGUCCACGAACCAGGACGGUGCACAGCCCAACAUACUGGAGCCCAUCGAGGAAGGCCAGAGGCUCGACGUCUCCACCACCUCCGCCGCCGAGCCGCUCUCCCCCAAGUCCAACACUACUGCCAGGAGGAGGCCUUUCAGCCGUGACGAAGGCCGCCAGUCCAUCUCAGAGGGCUUCGAUUUCAGGACCUUUAUCCACGAGAACAAAAAGUCCGUCGGUAGGAACGGCCAGUUCUUCGACCUCACCGAGGAAGAGCGCGAGUAUUUGGGUGGAGUCGAGUACCGUGCCCUCAAGAUCCUCUUCACCAUUGUGUGCAUCUACUUUGUUCUCUGGCAGCUCCUCGGGGCCAUUACCCUCGGCGCCUGGUCUUAUGUGCAUAGCCAGAGCAUCACGGCCGUCAACUCCCAGAACUCCUGGUGGGCUGGCAUUUUCCUCGCCAUUUCUUCCUUCAACAAUGCCGGGAUGACGCUCCUCGAUGCGGGCGUGGCAGCCUUUGACAACGAUGCCUUCGUCUUGACCAUUGUGACCAUCCUUUCCCUCGCUGGAAACGCCGCCUUCCCCGCGUUCCUCAGGGCAACUGUCUACUUCUGCAGCCUCGUGUUGAAGGUGGCCGAUCGCGAUGACGAAUACACCGUCUGGCAGGAAGCCUUCGACUUCAUUUUGAAGUACCCGCGUCGACUCUACAUGAUGAUGUUCCCUGCGAAGGCCAAUCUUGUCUUUGUCACCUUGUUCUCCGCUAUUGCCGUCAUGGACUGGGUCUUGUUGUUGGUUCUCAGCAUCGGCAAUUCUGCCAUUGAGGCGUACCCGGUUGCAAAGCGAGUUGGGCUGGCUGUCUUCCAGGCGUUAACCAUUCCUUCGGGAGGUUUUGCUGUUGUUCCAAUUUCAAGCCUCUACUUCGAUGUUCUGGUCUUGUGGGUCAUCGUCAUGUACAUUUCCGCGUAUCCAGAGAUUAUCGUCAUGAGAAACUCAAAUGUGUACGAAGAACGGUCGCUAGGAAUCUACACGACCGAACCCGAGAAGAGCGAGGAAAAGGACCCAGCUGGAAAUGAGUCGACAGACGAGCUGCUUCCAACCUUUGGGCCUCUCCUGUCCCCACCGACGUUUGGUCAUGCCCUUGGCCCAGAGCGGACAGCAAUCUCCACGUCAGCCGUGUCACAAGCAAAGUCAGGCAUCUCCGCCAAGUCCGUCAAGAAACUAGCCGCGGUGGGCCGGCGAGGCACCUCCUUCGUGGGCAAGCAGAUCCAGAACAGGAUGAACAACUUCCAGGGCGUGGGCGUGACGCCCAAGCCGCGGCUGAAGCGGGCCGCCGAGAUGAACUUCGACAACCCCUCCGCGGCGCCCAUCUCCACGUCGACGCCCGAGGGCCACGUGAGCCUGGUAUCACAGCACCUCCGCGGCCAGCUGUCGCACGAUAUCUGGGCCAUCGCCCUGGCGCUGUUCCUCAUCACGCUCAUCGAGACGUCCCACUCCAUCGCCGACCCGCGCUCCUACAGCGUAUUCAACUUCAUGUUCGAGAUCGUCUCCGGAUAUACCAACAUCGGUCUUUCGAUGGGCCUGCCGGAUCACUCGUUUAGUUUUUCGGGCGGCUGGUAUACUGGGUCCAAGCUGGUUAUGAUCGUGAUGAUGAUCCGUGGCAGGCACCGGGGUCUGCCCGUCGCGCUGGACCAUGCCGUUAAGCUGCCUGGGUGGGAGAACGUCAAGAAGCAGAACGAAGAUGCCGAGAUCAGAAGGAUCUUGGGUAAGAGUCCGACGAGCCUAGAGAUAUAGAUUUUAGAAUAGACUUGUUUGCCUCUUCAGUUGCGCAAGACAAAAUAUUAGAUUUUAUUUCCAAUUCAA